CACAAUUCUGUUUGCUGCUAUUUUUAGGCCAUGUUUUUCCCCCCUGCAUGCUGACCCCAUUCCCAUGUGGUGUCGGGGAUCAGCUAGAGGUGGAUAUAAAUAUCACAGAAAGCUGUGUUGGCCCAGACGGGGAGGUCAUUGCAGGGUGGGUGCAGUAACAUGGCUUGUGCAGAGCAGCGGGUAGAGAGUACAUGUCCAGGUCCAGGGAGUGAGAAUGGCUUAUUCAGCAAAGCCCAGAAUGUUGAUGACGAGGUCCAGGAGAAAGUCUGCGAGGAGAUCCAGGAAGAAAAGGUGGAUAUAGUGCCUGACGCUGUGCUUCAGGUAGAGAACGAGUCUUUCUUUGUUAACCGUGAAAGACUUGCCCAGCUGAGUCCAUACUUCCGAGCACUUUUCUUCGGUGGAGGUCGAGAGAGUAGCAGGAGGCACAUUGAACUCAACGCUGUGAGUUUGGACCAUUUCCGUAUUCUCAUGGAGUACACCCAAAGCUUCAAACUGUGUCUCGACAGGAAGAACGUCUUGGGGGUACUGGAGACAGCCAAUUUCCUUCACCUGGAGAAGGCCAGGUUACUAUGCUGCAAGUUCCUGGAGAGAGAGCUGCACCUCAGCAACUGUUUGGGAAUGAUGGCCUAUGCAUGGCAUCAUGGUUGUCUAGAGCUGUAUGCUGCUGCAAGGGAAGUGGUCCUCACCCACCUCCCAGCUAUUGCUUCCGAGGAGGACUUCCUCUACCUGUCCAAGGAGACCAUUGCAGACCUUCUUGCAAGUGAUGACCUCUUUGUUCCACGCGAAGAUCUAGCCUUCGAGGUCACUUUGCGCUGGGCUACCUUUGACCCUAGUCGUGAGAAUGACUUCUUGGAGCUAAUGGGAUUGGUUAGACCUGAGAGUUUGACUUUGCCAUACCUCACAAGUCUUCUGACCUCAAUCAAAAGUUCGGACCCUCGUGCCAAGCUCAUCUGCAAACUGAACGACCAAUUGCCUGCAAGCUGGAAUGCUGGCAGGUCUGUGCCAAGGACUCGUUCCAGGGAGAUGCUGUUCUUGCUUGGUGGAUCACAUGAGCAAGAGCAGCAGUCGCUUUAUCAGUUCAACCCACGCAGCGGAAGGUGGCAGUCAUGCCCACCCUUGCAGAGGAAGUGCCUCACGCAGUACUCUGUGGCAGCAGUAGGAGACAAUGUGGUGGUGACCGGUGGCUACUUCCGAGAUGUCCUUUGGUUCAGUGUAGACUGGGUACGGAUUUACCAGUGUGGCAACGAGCGGUGGGUGGAUGGCCCAGCACUCCAGAAGUCCAGACACAGCCACUGCUCAAUAGGACUGCAUUUCCAGCUCUUUGUACUGGGAGGCAGCAUGGAUGAAGGACCUGUGGCCGAUGUGGAGAGGUUGUUGUUGGGAGCCGAUAAUUGGGACAGCGUUAGCCCCAUGGUGCGGGCCGUAGAGAGGGCAGCGGUGGUCGCCAUGCGUUCGUGCCUUUACGUGGCUUGUGGUUUGGAUGAGAAUGGAGAAGUGUACAGUGGCAUUCAGAGGUACAAACCAGAGGUUGACCAAUGGGAUGUCGUCUCCUACUCUCCUUUUCCACGUUAUGACCUUCUCGCCACUGAGCUCAACGGAGCCCUGUAUCUGCUGGGAGGUAAAGCCCUGCGGCUGGACGUUGAUACUGAGGAGUGGACUGUUCUGGAAGAGGAGAGUCUGGAUAGAAAGUUCUUCACUGGCUGUGCGACUGUGAACGGGCAGAUCUACCUGAUAAGCGAGAGGAAGAUUAACAAAGUCUCCACAAACAUGAUACUUCUGGACCCUUACAUUGACACAUGCUUGGAAAUAGAUGACUCCAUACCUUGCCCUGUGCCCAUACGAGGUUGUGUCACUGUUCGUAUGACAGGCAUGUGAACCUUAAAAGUCAAGAAAUGGAUAUCUAAUGUAUCGGACCUGAACAGCAGCCAUUUACUUUUGCAUCUGGAAUCUGAUAUUUUGUCUGUUUAUGAUCAGUUAGACAAAUGUAAGGUCUUUGUCAUGAACAGGGUAUCUGCAGGUAUGGGGAAAUUACAUUAAUCAACAUCUAAAGUCUUUUUAAAACCACUUAAACCACUCAAAGACAGUCAGAAAUUUCAAAGUAACAUAAAUCAACAGUUUCACAAUCAGAAAAUGAACUGUUCUAAAGAGUAAACACUGAAAAUAGUGUCUAGGGCAAAAGUUCGUAAAAUGUACACUCCUCAUGCCUACAGUAGCUUUCAGUCUGCUGUUAAAUUGAUAAGCUAACUUGCAUAUAGACAAUAAAACCAGAACUGUAUUUAAUGU